AUGCAAGAAAUCCGAGAGGCUUUCGAGCUCUUCGAUGCAGAUGGAUCAGGCAAAGUUGAUGUAAGAGAGCUUAAGAUCGCCAUGCGAGCUCUGGGGUUCAACGUGAAGAAGGCAGAGGUGCGGGAGAUGGUGGCUGAGCUGGGAAAGGACGAGCAUGACACUGUUGACUACGACGAGUUCGUGAAGUUGAUGUCGCGCAAGAUGGCGACGCGAGACACGCGGGAAGAGAUCCUGAAGGUGUUCCAGCUGUUCGACGACGAUCGGUCCGGAAGAAUCUCCUUCGCCAACCUCAAGCGCGUCGUCGGGAUGGUGGGGGAGCGCAUGACGGACGAGGAGAUUCAAGAGAUGAUCGACGAGGCUGACAGAGAUGGAGAUGGAGAAAUAGGAGAGGAAGAUUUCUACAGGGUCAUGAAGAGGAGGGGAGCGAGUGCAUUGGAUUUGUCAUCGGAGGACGAGGAUUAG